AUGGGUAUUGCAGCAGAAUCACAGUUUCAUGUUUUAGCUGUUGAUGAUAGUUUAUUCGAUCGGAAACUUAUAGAGAGAUUGCUUCAAAAGUCUUCGUUAACUACUGUUGAUUCAGGCUCUAAAGCUUUAGAAUUUCUGGGUUUAAGAGAAAGUAUUGACCCAAAUGCGGUUUCUUCAUCUCCCCAGGAAUCAUCAGCUUUGAAGAACAUACCAGUAGUUAUUAUGUCCUCUGAGAACGUUCCUGCAAGAAUCAGCAGAUGUUUGGAAGAAGGAGCUGAAGAGUUUCUCUUGAAACCAGUAAGAUUGGCUGAUCUCAACAAGUUGAAACCUCAUAUGAUGAAAACAAAGCUCAAGAACCAGAAGCUGGAAGAGAUUGAGACACCUUCGAAAGAUGAAAAUGUAACCGUAGCAGCAGGUGAUGAGCCAGAGAUUGUCAAAAGUUCAGCAGAAAUCGAAUUCAAGAUCGUAGCUUUUCAAUCGGAAACAGAACCGAAACAACAACAUCUGCAAGUAGUGCAACAAGAAGAACAAACGUUGAGUAACAAUAAGAGGAAGUCAAUGGAAGAAGGACUCUCAACAGAAAGAUCACGUCCUAGAUUCGACGGUAUCACAACCGCUGUCUGA